AAGGACAAACGGUCUCGUUUCUGGGGGGUGUACAAACGAGUCGCAGAGGAACACGACGGCGAGUUCCUUGAGCGAUACACCACUGACAUGGACAUUGUCCUGAUCUUCUCUGGUCUUUUCUCGGCUGUCAGCACGGGUUUCAUCGUCGCGAUAGAGUCCAAUCUCAAUCCCGACCCCAGCGACACGACGAAUGCCCUUUUGAAGCAAAUCGUGCAGAUCGGACUCGGCAACCUCGCUGAGGCAGGCACCGCUCCUGUAGACCCAGGAUCUACGUGGUCGCCAUCUGCGUUGGCUGUGAGGAUCCAGUUGGUCGCAUACGCAAGCUUGUCCAUGAGUUUGCUCGCUGCAUUCGGGGCCGUACUAGGCAAGCAGUGG